UGCAGGUCUAUUUAUUUGCCACAUUGCAUUUGCUUCUUGAUCACUAACGAAGACAUUUUAUGGUCAAAACUCAAAGGACUAUUAGGAGAAAUAAAAUAUGGGGAAAUGGAUAUCGUUUGCAACCAGAAUGAUUCUACUUUCUUCUGUUUUUCUUGAUGGAACAGGAGCAAAUCUAUCAGAUGCCAAUUCAACUCAAGUGACAACCGUAGCAGAGACUACUUCGGAUGCAACUACCCCUGUUGCCACAAGUACAAAAUACCUUACAACAGGAACAUCAACUCCAGAUGCCACUACUACUGUAACUACAGCUGUAACACACACUACUGCAGCAUCUAGUUCUGUGGGAAUAACUAAUACAGGAGGUACAAUUUCAGCAUCCAGCACUGUUGAAGAAACUACAGGUACUACAACUACAACACCUAUUUCUGAUGAAACCACUACAACUAGUAGACAAACUGCUGCAGCCAGUACACUAACCUCUACUGUAGCUCCUGAACCCUCUACUACUGAACUCACUUCUAAAGAAGCCACUACCACUGUAGCCACUGCAGGAACCACUAGUACAGCAUUACAUUCUGUAAAAACAACUACUACAGGAUUCACCACUGCUACAACUGCCACAGCCAGCGCCACUGAAACAACUACUGCAACUACAGGAGCUACUACUAGUGCAACCACUACUACUGCAGUCAAUACUGAAGCAAACACUGCUACUAGUGCCACUACUGCAGCCACAGCUGUAGUAUCCACUGCAGGAACCAAUAGUACAGCAUUACAUUCUUUAGAAACAACUACUACAGGAUUCACCACUGCUACAACUGCCACAGCCAGCACUGCUGAAACAACUACUGCAACUACAGGAGCUACUACUAGUGCAACCACUACUGCAGUCAAUACUGAAGUAAACACUGCUACUAGUGCCACUACUGCAGCCACAGCUGUAGUAUCCACUGCAGGAACCACUAGUACAGCAUUACAUUCUUUAGAAACAACUACUACAGGAUUCACCACUGCUACAACUGCCACAGCCAGCAUCGCUGAAACAACUACUGCAACUACAGGAGCUACCACUAGUGCAACCACUACUACUGCAGUCAAUACUGAAACAAACACUAGUGCCACUAUUACAGCCACAACUGUAGUAUCCACUAAAGAAACCACUAGUACAGCAUCAAAUUCUGCAGAAACAACUACUACAGGAUUCUCCACUGCCACAACUGCCACAUCCAGCACCUCUGAAACAACUAGUGUAACUACAGGAGCUACUACUAGUGCAACCACUACUACUGCAGUUAAUACUGAAACAAACACUGCUACUAGUGCCACUACUACAGCCACAACUGUAGUAUCCACUAAAGGAACCACUAGUACAGCAUCAAAUUCUGCAGAAACAACUACAACAGGAUUCUCCACUGCCACAACUGCCACAGCCAGCACUGCAGAAACAACUACUAGUGCCACUACUACAGCUGCAGACAGUACAAUAGCCUCUACUGUAGCUCCUGAACCCUCUACUACUGAACUCACUUCUAAAGAAGCCACUACCACUGUAGCCACAGCUGUAAUAUCCACUACAGGAACCACUAAUACAGCUUCAAAUUCUGCUGAAACAACUACUACAGGAUUCACCACUGCCACAACUGCCACAGCCAGCACUGCAGAAACAACUACUAGUGCCACUACUACAGCUGCAGACAGUACAAUAGCCUCUACUGUAGCUCCUGAAUCCUCUACUACUGAACUCACUUCUAAAGCAGCCACUACCACUGUAGCCACAGCUGUAAUAUCCACUACAGGAACCACUAAUACAGCUUCAAAUUCUGCUGAAACAACUACUACAGGAUUCACCACUGCCACAACUGCCAAAGCCAGCACUGCAGAAACAACUAGUGUAACUACAGGAGCUACUACUAGUGAAACCACUAAUACUGCAGUCAAUAUUGAAGCAACCACUACUACUAGUUCUACUACUACAACCAAUACCACUACAGUCAAUAUUGAAGAAACCACUACUACUAGUGCCACUACUUCAGUUGCAGCCAGUACAACAGCCUCUACAGUAGCUCCUAAACCCCCUACUACUGAACUUACUUCUAAAAAAGCCACUACCAAUGUAGCCACGGCUGUGAUAUCCACUACAGGAACCACUAGUACAGCUUCAAAUUCUGCUGAAACAACUACUACAGGAUUCACCACUGCUACAACUGCCACAGCCAGCACCACUGAAACAACUACUGCAACUACAGGAGCUACUACUAGUGCAACCACUACUACUGCAGUCAAUACUGAAGCAAACACUGCUACUAGUGCCACUACUGCAGCCACAGCUGUAGUAUCCACUGCAGGAACCAAUAGUACAGCAUUACAUUCUUUAGAAACAACUACUACAGGAUUCACCACUGCUACAACUGCCACAGCCAGCACCACUGAAACAACUACUGCAACUACAGGAGCUACUACUAGUGCAACCACUACUACUGCAGUCAAUAAUGAAGCAAACACUGCUACUAGUGCCACUACUGCAGCCACAGCUGUAGUAUCCACUGCAGGAACCACUAGUACAGCAUUACAUUCUUUAGAAACAACUACUACAGGAUUCACCACUGCUACAACUGCCACAGCCAGCACUGCUGAAACAACUACUGCAACUACAGGAGCUACUACUAGUGCAACCACUACUGCAGUCAAUACUGAAGCAAACACUGCCACUAGUGCCACUACUGCAGCCACAGCUGUAGUAUCCACUGCAGGAACCACUAGUACAGCAUUACAUUCUGUAGAAACAACUACUACAGGAUUCACCACUGCUACAACUGCCACAGCCAGAAUCGCUGAAACAACUACUGCAACUACAGGAGCUACUACUAGUGCAACCACUACUACUGCAGUCAAUACUGAAACAAACACUGCUACUAGUGCCACUACUACAGCCACAACUGUAGUAUCCACUAAAGGAACCACUAGUACAGCAUCAAAUUCUGCAGAAACAACUACAACAGGAUUCUCCACUGCCACAACUGCCACAGCCAGCACUGCAGAAACAACUACUAGUGCCACUACUACAGCUGCAGCCAGUACAAUAGCCUCUACUGUAGCUCCUGAACCCUCUACUACUGAACUCACUUCUAAAGAAGCCACUACCACUGUAGCCACAGCUGUAAUAUCCACUACAGGAACCACUAAUACAGCUUCAAAUUCUGCUGAAACAACUACUACAGGAUUCACCACUGCCGCAACUGCCAAAGCCAGCACUGCAGAAACAACUAGUGUAACUACAGGAGCUACUACUAGUGAAACCACUAAUACUGCAGUCAAUAUUGAAGCAACCACUACUACUAGUUCUACUACUACAACCAAUACCACUACAGUCAAUAUUGAAGCAACCACUACUACUAGUGCCACUACUUCAGUUGCAGCCAGUACAACAGCCUCUACAGUAGCUCCUAAACCCCCUACUACUGAACUUACUUCUAAAAAAGCCACUUCCAAUGUAGCCACGGCUGUGAUAUCCACUACAGGAACCACUAGUACAGCUUCAAAUUCUGCUGAAACAACUACUACUGGAUUCACCACUGCAACAACUGCCAAAGCCAGCACUGCAGAAACAACUACUGCAACUACAGGAGCUACUAUGAGUGAAGCCACUACUACUGCAGUCAAUACUGAAACAACCACUACUACUAGUGCCACUACUACAGCCACAGCUGUAGUAUCCACUGCAGGAACCACUAGUAUAGCAUCAAAUUCUGCAGAAACCACUACUACAGGAUUCUCCAUUGCCAAAACCGCCAAUGCCAGCACUGCAGAAACAACUACUGUAACUACAGGAGCUACUACGAGUGAAGCUAAAGCCACAACUAUAACAGACACUGCUACUACAGCAUCUACCGCAGAAGCCUCAACAACUGGCACUGCUAUAACAGAAUCUUCUGCAACAGAAGCAACUACUAAAACUCCAUCUACUACUGCAUCAAAAAGUUCUACAGAGUCCACUAGUAUAGGAGCCACCACUGAUGCCAGUACCAGUAUAAAUGCCACUUCUGAAACUGGUGCUACCACUGCAACCCCAACCACUGCAAAUGUAGUCACUAGUGAAUCAGCAAUUACUUCUUCAAGCACUAAUACAGCAACCUCUAUUACAGACGCCUCCACAGUAGCCGCUAAGUCCUCUACUACUAGACUCACUACUGAAAAAGCCACUUCUACUGUAACCACUGUAACACCCACUAUAGGAACAACUAAUAUAGCAUCAAAUACUGUUCAAACAACUAUUACAGGAUCCACAGCUGAAAAAACUACUAUGGAAGUUAUAACUGCAUCAACAGCUAUCACUAACCAAGCCACAAUAACCAAAGACACAUCUGCAGUAGCCACUAUGGGAGUUAGUGGGACCACUACUAAAACAGACACCACUUCACAAGUCACUAAAACAGCUACAUAUACUUCAGUAGUAACAACUAUACCAGUCACAGCCACUACUUCUGAUAUCACUAAUGCUGAUACCUCAACAACUGGCACUACUACAUCUAAAUCUACUAUAACAGGAGCAACAUCUGAAACAGUUUCUACUACUGGAGUGAAAAGCUCUGCAGGGUCCACUAGUAUGGGAGCCACCACUGAUGUGGCUACCAGUAUAAGCCCCACUUCUGAAACUGGUGCUACUACUGGAACCACAACCACUGCAAAUAGAGUCACUAGUGAAUCAACCACUAUUACUGCAAGCACUAAUACCUAUACUACAGAAACUACUACAGUAGUCACUGCCAGUGACAUUGCCAGUGCUAAAGUCAGUACUACUGAUGCCACCACAAUAGCAGCAGCUACUGCUGCCACUACUACUAGUACCACUUCCACAGCUAUAACCACUACAGAAGACAUUACAACUGCUAAAGCCAGUACUUCUGAAGGUGUGACAGUUACUAUUACUGUAGGUACUAAUGCAGAAUUUACUAGUACUGUAGAUUCCACUUCUAGUAAAGUAUCAAACCUAACAUCUUCAACAGCUGGAGUCCUUAUGACUGCAGUCACUACUACAGUAUCCACUAAUGAAGCUGCUGCUACUACUGGUAUCACUGCAACAGCUGCAAUCACUGAAAAUACUAAAAUAAUGGACUCAAGUACUGGAGUCGUUACUUCAUCAGCAGCAACAGCUGGAUCCACUGCAACUACAUCUGCUACUAUAGGAACAACUAAUCAAACAUCUGCUACUAGUCUAAUCACUGCUAAUGAAUCCACACUUAUAACAGAAACCACUACUGUCAAAAUCACAACAGCAGCAGUUAAAACAACUGGAGUCAAUACUGGAGUAUCCAAUAUAAUAGGAGCCAUCACUGAAGCCACUAUUGCUGCAGGAGUCUCUAAUGGAACUGCUAUAGAUACAACUACUCUAGGACCUAAUACUAUUGGAGUUGCUACUAUAGAAACUUCUACAAUAGUCACUACUACAGGAGCCAGUACUAUUGAAAACACUACUAUAUUAGGUAACAGUAAUAUAACUGAGGUAACAGUUACUUCAGGAUCAACUUCUGAAUCAAACAAUACUAUUAGUGCCAUUACUGCAAUAUCUUCCACUGUAGGAGUAUCAACUAUAGUUAGUGCUACAGAAUACUCUACAAUAGUAGCUACUCCAACAGGAGCAGCCACGGGUAGUAUAAAUGGUACCUCCACUGCAACUGUAACUAAUAUGGGAACAGCAACUACAGGAUCAACUACUGAAUCAAUCAAAAAUAUUACUUCAAUAGCUUCUUCAAUAGGAAAAACAACUGUUUCUGUUACUGAAGACUCUACGAUAGUAGCUACAUCUUCUGAAGCUAUCACAGGAGCAGCAACAGGUAUUACAAAUGGAAGCUCUGCUGCAACUACUAUGGGAACAGCUACUACAGGAUCAACUACUGUAUCAACCAAUAAUAUUACUUCAAUAGCUUCUACUAUAGGAAUAACAACUGUUUCUGUUACUGAAGACUCUACAAUCAUAGGUACUUCUUCUGGAGUUAUCAUAGGAGCAGCAACAGGUAGUAAAAAUGGAACCUCUGCUGCAACUUCUAUGGGAACAGCUACUACAGGAUCAACUACUGAACCAACCAAUAAUAUUACUUUAAUAGCUUCUUCUAUAGAAUUAACAACUCAAGUUUCUGUUACUGAAGACUCUACAAUAAUAGGUACUUCUUCUGGAGUUACAAUAGGAUCAGCAACAGGUAGUACAAAUGUAACCUCUACGGUAACUGCAACUACUAUGGGAACAGCUACUACAGGAUCAACUACUAAAUCAACCAAUAAUAUUACUUCAAUAACUUCUUCUAUAGGAAUAACAACUGUUUCUGUUACUGAAGACUCUACGAUAGUAGCUACUUCUUCUGGAGUUAUCACAGUAGCAGGAACAGGUAGUACAAAUGGAACCUCCACUGCAUCAUCCGGUACUGCGGAAACUACCAUUAUAGCUUCCACUGGCACUGUCUCUACUACUACACUUUCCUCUGAGAUUUCUACGUCUAUGGCAACUGAAUCCAGUACCAAUGGAAAUGCUGUAACAAGAAGCACUGGAUUAUCUGAAGGGGGCAGCACUGUAACACAGAGUACCACAAACACCACCAAUUCUGACCAAUCAGCAGUCUCGUUUUGGAGCAUUAUCCUGAUUGGACUAGUUGCUGUUCUCGCUGCUGGUUUAAUACUGGGGUUACUUUUUGGAAUACUGGCUUGCAUAAGGUCCGGGGGCACCUACGCUGUAUCUAGUAUUCCUAGCUAUUUCCCCCAUUUAGCUGCAGGGAUUUCUGCAAGACCAUCAUUGAGCCUAGACCCCGAAGGAGGGAGGCUGCAAACAGGAUAUAUCAAGAGACCAUCUAUUCAAAGAGAAGCGUAUGAGCUGCAGCCAAAAUUCCUCCAUUCUGGGCAUAAAAACUAUUAAUGUAAAAAUGUAUUUAUUGUAUGUUUUUCUACACUUCUGACUGAAGCUUCUACCACUUAUAUAUCUCUUACAUCUCCUUAGCUAUACUAAAUAGCUGGGUCAUGAUAUGUAGGACACUGUUUGAUCACUACUAGUACACUAGCAGACUAAAUAUUAUAAACAACAAGUAUUAUAAACAAGAAGCCGUAGAAAAAACACACAUUCUCAGUAGGAGGUGGGUGAGAUGGGUGCUAAAAUGUUUAUUUUAAAUGACUUAUUGUAAGUAUUGGCUAUUUUGUAUACAGACAGAAGCUAAGAAGGUAUUUGUGUAUAUUGAGAAAGAUACGACAUGGAUGCAUGCUCUCUAUGUAAGCUCAGCCCAUUUGAUUAGGUUGUAGGUUCAACAUGUAGUAAUUUCACAUACAGAAAUAAAGCUAAACGAGAAAUUUCACAUACAUUUUAUACUCUGCAGUUGGUAUAACAAAUCACAAGAAACACAUUAAGGAUAAACCAAUUUUACAGACUAUUAUCUCUUUAAACUCCCAGAGAAAUCCCUCAUAAAAUGUUUAAGUAAUCACAAUAAAAUUAUGCUUUAUAUUCAAUAUAAAUUUUCUUCCGAUUUGCCCUAUAGAGAGGCUAGAGUACAUACAGUACUGCAUACUCAGGUAUGCUGCAGUUUGUUUCACCCAGAUGUAUGCUACACAGUCAUGGCUGUAUUAUGACUCUCAUGUGUCCGAGGUAUUUUGCUUUCAUGGAUCCUUUUUUUCCAUGAAAGAAAAAUCUACUAAAAUUAUAAUUUACAACUGCAUUAGUAUGACAAUAAUAAUAAUCUAUGCUGAAUUAUAUUUGUCUUGAAACAGCGCAACACAGUUGAAGUAUGUUUCUUGCUUAUUGACCGAAGUAAAUUGCGCUGAGACUAAAGUGGGCUCUUUGUGUACCAUUAUUUAAUUGGCAUUGAUAAAGGGCACCAGGGGAUACUGUCCCCACUUGUAUAACAGAUUGACCCUCCACCAUGAACCUCACUCCAUGAUCUGAAGCUGACAGACAGUGAGAGAACAGAAGCCCCGCCCCCGAGCUUCAGGACAGGAGAAGGUUAUAAUUAGUAAUUAAAUCAGUAAGUUAUAAUCUAAAAUACAUUAAAAUAUUUUCUUUACAAUAGUUUUUAUUUUUUUUAUUUUUUAAGAUAUUAAACAUUUUUGUGGACCCUAAAAGUAUUAUGGCCCUAAUGAAUACGUCUGCACUGUACACUUUUUUUUUAGACCAUUGAAAGCUUUUCAAAAAGGUUUAUUCCUAGAUUGCUCUGCAGUAGCAAAACCCUGCAAGAUGUUCUAACCAAGCAUGUUUUCAGUGGAUAAUUACUCCUUAUUGUCAUUGGCUUUUUCCAGUGUUGAAAAUCCCAAAAUGCUUUUGCUAUUAAUGUCCUAUAAGCUCAAAAUAAUUACCUCUCAGAAACAACUUUCAAAUUUGUUAUCUGCUUUGUUAAUCCCUUGAUUUUGUAAUCCAAAACACAAAUGCGUAGGAUUAGCAACAAACAAAAUGGCAAUAUUGUGGGUUUAGCAAUUUUAUUUCAGUGUGUAGUGAUGGUAAUAGAUUAUGUGUGCAAUUAACCUUUUGGCUCCAAAACCAUAGAGAUUGAAGGGAUUUGAACUGGGGCAUUAUGGUUACAGCAGAGAUGUGAAAUUUGUAGGUUAUGGAUUUGCCAAUUGUUUUAUUAAAAAGUGCUUAUUAUUAAUAUUUUAACUUAAAUUGACUGAGCAGGUGGUGUUUUUAUCUUUUUGUUGAUAUUGCUUCUUAAUCCCUUAAUGACCAUGACGUACCCUGGGUAUGUCGCUGGUCUUUAAAGGUUUAACUUCCAAUAAUGGCAGAGAUCAUUUAAAUGUGCUUUUCCCAUGCAAAAAAACAAUGUUGCAUCUGAAAACUUUUUGGGGUACUAAGUAAUUAGUUGAAAGUGUUGUGUGGGUGGUUUAUAUUAUUUAAUAAGUGAAAAAUAUCCCCGUAAAUAUGUAGUUAAACAAUAAUUAUGAACAAAAGUACUGGUGAUAAUGAAAAUGACUGAUUGUGAUAAAUUCGACAUAGAAAACGGCUCAUCAGCAGCUGUUAAAAUGCCAAUAUUUAUCAAACUAUAGAAUAUCAACAAACCCCCAAAGUGCCAAAAUAACAUUCUUGUGGGCAGGCACAUACUACAUUGUCCAUGCGUGCUUGGUUAACCUCUUCCCCAACUUCCUAUUCCAUACUCUCCACUUCUUUUCCCUUUCCUCUCCACUACAAGGCACUAGUGAAACACUUGCAACAUUAUCUUAUUGGUUCUGCUUCCUGUCCCUCACGGACAUACUGACUUAUUGAGGCUAACCCUGUUACAUAUAUUUCCCUAAUUGGCUUUAACAAAUAAGAACUGCAAAACGAUUGCCUUUAUACUCAUUUAAUGACAAAGGCUAGUCUUAUUGUCUGGAAACUGAAGCCCAGAUGGGCUCAUCAAGAUAAGGCAACAGGUGAGUAGCAUUUGGCUAUUAAAAAAAAAUUGAAGCAAACAAAAAAAAAAAAAACAUUUGCUUAAUAGUACGGUUUAGACUUGGCUCAUAUGUUUUGGGGCAGCAAGACAUCAAAACUGUCUUUUAAUUAUGGCCUCUAGUUAUCAAGCCGUCGGCUUUCUUGCAUUCAACAGCACCAAUACGCUUGCCUAAGAUCGCCUAACAUCGCUGCCGUGGACCUAAUUACGUUCGCCAAAGUUAUCAAGAAAGCUGUCAAAAAGCCGUGCACCAAGUACAGAUUGAUGAGCAGUGGACUGUUGUUAACUAACAGUCAUCGAUCUCGCCGCUCUUCGGCUUAUUCGCAGCUUUCUUGCUACCCUGUCACUAAGCACCCACACUAUACUAUACUGUUUUACCCCCUAAACAACCACUCCAGGACCCCGCCACAUCUAAAUAAAGUUAUUAACCCCUAAACCGCCGCUCCCAGAGCCCACCGCAACUCUAUUAAAGUGUUUAACCCCUAAACUGCUGCUCCCAGACCCAGCCGCAACUCUAAUAAAUGUAUUAACCCCUAAACCGCCGCUCACGGAGCCCACCACCUACAUUAUACCUAUUAACCCCUAAUCUGCCGCCCCUAUACCGCCACCACUAUAAUAAACAUAUUAACCCCUAAAUCUAAGUCUAACCCUUAUACCCCCUAACUUAGUUAUAUUAGUUAUAUUUUACAGGCAACUUUAUAUUUAUUUUAACUAGGUACAAUAGUUUUUAAAUAGUUAGUAACUAUUUAAUAACUACCUAGCUAAAAUAAAUACAAAUGUACCUGUGAAAUAAAUCCUAACCUAAGUUACAAUUACA